AAUAGGAUAGAUGCAAUUCCAGCAGGAUCCUUUAGCAAUCUACGAGAUCUGAACACACUUUUAUUAAGUAAUAACGAUAUUCGUAAAAUAAAAAAUGGCGCAUUUGAUGGGCUGCACCAGUUACGAUACCUUUAUUUAUAUAAAAAUCGCAUCUCAGAGGUGGAAAGUAAAGCGUUUUCUGGUCUGCAGAACCUGGAGCAGCUUUACCUUUAUUCCAACAUGUUAACUUCAAUGCACAAAGAUACAUUCAAUGACUUGCCUGCUCUUGAGAGGCUACGGCUGGAUUCCAACAGACUUGUCUGUGAUUGUAAGUUGAUGUGGUUGGUACAAAUGUUGCAAGAAGCAGGUCGCUACGGCCAUACACAGUCGGCGGCAGUAUGCGAGCACCCCAAGGAUUUGCGUGGCAAAAAUCUCAUCUCAUUGACUCCAUCACAAAUGAAUUGCCAGAAACCGCAUUUUGUCCUAGAACCCACUGAUGUUGACGUAACUCAGGGCAACAGUGUUUACUUCACUUGUCGUGCAGCCGGAGAUCCAGAACCGAAGAUCACUUGGCUCCGUAACAAUGUGGAAAUAGACACGUCAGUUGACCAACAGCCGGAUCCAAAGUACUCAAUUCUUACUGAUGGAACCUUAAUGAUCCUUGAUGCUUCCGGUGAUGAUGAAGGCGAUUAUGAAUGCAUGGCACGCAAUGCAGUCGGAGAAGCAGUCACAAGAACGGCUAGUCUGCGUUACUUUGGAGAGCCAAAAGCCCCACAGUUUGUUCAAAAACCAGAUAAUAUUAACGUACUAGCCGGACACAAUGUUGAGAUCCAGUGCUCAGCUAAUGGGUACCCGCGGCCUGACAUUAAAUGGACUAAGAAUGACCAGGAUGUGUUGGAUGACAAUCGAUUCACGCUUCUCUCAUCUGGCUCACUGCACAUCACUUCUGUUCACUUUGAGGACCGUGGCGUCUACCAGUGCUCCGCUACUAACCAAGAGGGGGUCAUUUCCACCAAUGUUGUUCUCACUGUUUAUGUACCCCCCUCUUUCAUUCAACGACCUGAAUUCCAAGCAACAAUUGAGGGAAGCACAGUAGAAUUUCAUUGCACCGCUGAGGGCAACCCAUCACCUGUUAUUGCAUGGAGAAAACGAGGUUUACAAUUACCAGAUGAUCGUCGACAUGUGGUCCUAUCAUCGGGGACUCUGAGGAUUGUACGGGCAACCAGGGCAGAUGAGGGCAACUAUGAAUGUCAAGCAUUCAAUGAUGCUGGGGCAAACCAAGCUACAGCUCAACUUGAAGUCCGACCAAGAAUCCCACCUACUUUCACUGUCACGCCCUCCGACCUCACCAUCAUAACCGGGGCAACAGUUGAGAUACUUUGCAGUGCCCAAGGGGAGCCAAACCCAGUAAUCACAUGGAGUAAAGAUGGUGUGCAGAUCACCCCCUCUGCCAAGUUUGUCAUUAUAAAUAACAGAAGGCUGCUAAUUAGGGAUGUUGGUCUAGUUGACGAAGGUCGAUAUGAUUGUGCAGCUAGGAAUAGUAUUGGGUAUGCAUCCACAUCCAUGGAACUCAAAGUUGUUGCUAGUAACAGUAUAAGUGAGGGUGAUCAGUUUGUUAAUUCAUCAAUUCAGAUUGCUGUUGAUAACGUUGACAAGCGCAUUAACGAAACCAGAAAGCUUCUGUUUGACACAUCUAAGCCACGGUCUCCAAGUGAUCUUUUGACCUUGUUUCGAUUUCCAUCUGAUGAAGCACUGAACAUUGCGAGGGCAGCCGAGAUCUAUGAGCAGACACUGCUUCUGAUCCAUGAGACAGUUGAGCAAGGCAUGCUGGUAAACAUGACAGGCGUCGAUUACAAUUACAAUGAAUUGCUGUCUCCCUCAUUCUUGAACAUAAUUGCCAACAAAUCAGGAUGUGUAAUGCACAGGAAUAACAUCAAUUGUUCUGACAUGUGUUUCCAUAAAAAAUAUCGCAACUACGAUGGUACCUGUAACAACUUGCGCAAUACCGAAUGGGGUGCAUCGUUAACGCCUUUCAAUCGUGUUUUAAAACCGAUUUAUGAGAAUGGAUUCAAUACCCCGGUAGGCUGGAAUAUUUCUCAUUUAUACAACGGUUUUUCAAAGCCAAGCGCUCGUAAAGUGUCACUUGAAGUUAUAAGCACACAUAGUGUGACCCCGAACGAUAAGUAUUCACAUAUGUUAAUGCAGUGGGGUCAGUUCUUAGACCAUGAUUUGGACUUUACAGUAACAAGUUUAAGCAAAGCACGAUUUACUGACGGAGUAGAAUGCAAAGAUACAUGCGAUAAUGCCCCUCCAUGUUUUCCUAUCCGUAUUCCAGAGGGUGAUCCACGUAUUCGACGUUCACAGUGUAUGGAGUUUACACGUUCCAGUGCAAUAUGUGGAAGUGGAAUGACUUCUGUGUUUUUCGAAUCUCCCAUGCCACGAGAGCAGAUUAACCAGAUUACUUCCUACAUAGAUGCAUCAAACGUUUACGGUAGUAUUCAGGUGGAAUCAACAAAGUUGCGAGAUUUUACCAACGAUAGAGGACUGUUAAAGGAAGGUCGCUUGGUUGAGUCGUCUGGAAAGCGCUUAUUACCCUUCAAUCAGAAUUCUCCUAUUGAUUGCGAACGAGAUCUUGCAGAGAGUAACAUCCCAUGCUUCUUAGCCGGGGAUUUCAGGGCCAACGAGCAGCUUGGUUUACUUUCAAUGCAUACAAUAUUUAUGCGAGAACAUAAUAGAAUUGCUCAUGAACUCAUCCAGAUCAACCCACAUUGGUCGGGUGAGAAAAUCUACCAGGAAACACGCAAAAUCGUUGGUGCACAAAUGCAGCAUAUUUCGUAUAGUCAUUGGUUACCAAAGGUAUUGGGGCCGAAAGGUAUGGAGCUGCUUGGGGAAUAUAGAGGAUACAAUCCAAAUACAGAUGCUUCUAUUAUCAAUGCAUUUGCCACUGCAGCUUUUAGAUUUGGACAUAGCUUGAUCAAUCCAUUUAUACAAAGACUCAACUCAUCUUUCCUAGAAAGUGAACAUGGACAUAUACCUUUGCACAAGGCAUUUUUCUCUCCAUUUAGAAUUGUUGAAGAGGGUGGAAUUGACCCAGUCCUCCGGGGUUUAUUUGGCACCCCAGCAAAAGACGUAAACCCAAGCGAACUUGUAAAUCGUGAGUUGACAGAGCGUCUCUUCCAGAUGGCGCACUCGAUAGCUCUUGAUCUAGCGGCUCUUAAUAUACAGCGCGGUCGUGAUCAUGCCAUUCCAAGUUACAACGACUGGCGUGUAAAAUGCAACAUGUCUGCUGCAAACACUUUUGAUGAUGUCAAAGAUGAAAUUUCUGAUCACAGAUUACGUAGAAAAUUGGAAGAUUUGUACAAACAUCCUGGCAACAUUGAUUUAUGGGUGGCUGGAUUAGCAGAAGAUCCUCUAGAAGGUGGGCUACUAGGACCUACGUUUGCUUGCAUUAUAGCAGAGCAGUUCCGAAGGACACGAGAAGGUGAUAGACUGUGGUAUGAAAACCCAUCUGUGUUUGAACCGGCACAACUACUUGAAAUUAGGCAGAUAACCUUAAGUUCCAUAAUUUGCAACAACGCAGAUGAUAUAAAAGAGAUUCAAAAAGAUAGUUUCUUGAGGGCAGAUUAUCCCCAUGGUUACCUGAAAUGCGAUACCAUGCCACAAAUUGACUUAAGAAUGUGGACGGAUUGUGAAUCUGAUGGUUCAGGAACAGUAUCAAAUGUGUUUAGGCAGAAACGAUCUAUUUCCUUUUCCGGAGAAGAAAAUGCACCGUCCAAAAAAGUAGUAACUGAUGAUAAGAUAAGGGACGACUCAAUAACAAAAAAAACAGCAGAACUAGAAGAAACUGUUAAUGAAAUGCAAUCAACACUUAAAAUAUUACAAGAAAGUGUGGACUCACUAACAAAUGAGGUCCGCCGACUAAAGAGGAAAAAAAGACUGAAUUGAAGACGUGUUUAUUCAAAUUUAUAGGCUAGAGAAAAUUAUUUUCAUAACUGUGGUAUAUAUAGCAUUGUUUAUUACUCAAAUCAGUUUAAAACAUUGCUGUUUUGAGUAUUGUCCAGUUUAACGAUUGUAUUCAUCUGUAUCAAAAGGUUUUAAACAUUUUUUUAAAUAUAUAUUACGUGACGAUCAUGUAAAAUUGAUCAGUGAUUAAGAUGUUUUUAUGGUCACUAUAGUCUUGAUGAAACUCAUGAACUAAUGCCUGAAAUUGUAUAGAUAAGUUAUUCAUUUUGUUUGAUGUCUAGUUGUGCUUAUGAAGUUAUUAAUGAUAAUCAUUCUUUUCCCAAAUCUAAGAUUUACCAUUACUUUGAAAACUUAGUGGCAUCAGUAUUUGGAAAAAAUUUAAAAUCAAUUGGUCGAAAAUAUCAUAGUGUAACUAAUACAUACAAUACAUACAUUGUGUACCCUAAUGAAUUAUGGGUGUAAAGAGGAAUUUGUAAUGCUGUUUUUAAAUUUAGUAUCUCAUUUAGCAUAUCUGUUUUCAAUAUCUGUUGGCUUAUAUAAUAACACAAAAAAAAAUAGUGAAAUGUAUAUUUCACCUUUUAUAUACAGUACAAGGCUCUCUUCAAUAUUAUUAUUUCAAUAAUAAAAUAAAUUAGAGAUAAAAAUUGGUCUAGAAGGGGAAAAAAAGGCUAAUAAGAAAAUGAAUGAAAAACAUGGAGAACAAUCCGGAAAAAUGUUUUGUUAGUUUUCAACUUACCUAAUAAUACUGGUUCUUUAAUGAGUGUAUUUAUAAAAAAGACAUUUCUAACCAACAUUUUUUACGCAAACCCUAAUAAUCGCUCUCCAGCACGCACUGCUGUAAACAAUAAUUAUUAUGCUAAAUGAGAUAUCAAUUGAGAUAUUAUAAAGGUCCAUUUACAUUGGUCAGUUUACUGUGACAAUCAUCUGUGAUUUGUUCUUUAUGGGUGUUUUAUGACAUCAUAAUGUAAAGAGAUAUUUGUCAGAAAAAACUUGGCAUGGGAGAUAGAGUUUAGAAUUUAGAGUGCCGACUAGGCAAUGGGAAACUGGCUGUAUCUUCCCACAGAAAAAUGUUGGGCCAUGGCCGUGUAAGUAAAAAUCUGACUUGCCCAAAUUGGCACUAUCAGCAUCACAUGGUAUUUUGCAUAUACAAAGUUAAUUAUCUUUAAAUGCUUAUGGAAUUUCAUAGCUCAGGGAAAAUUGUGUUGGUUAAUUAUGGUAAUAAUACAUUAUUAUUCUUAUUAUUAUUAUUAUACAUAAUGCUUAAAGCCUCUAUGUGCUCAACAUUUUAAAAUAUAGUAUCAGAUUUGGUAAUAACAUUGAAAAAAGAUGAGUUUUAGAAAGUGGCUAAAUAUGCUGAUUGAUUUAGAUAGUUAUAUAUGAUUUUUCAGACCUAAUAAUAGUGAUCAUAAUCAUAAUACUAUAAUUUCAAUGUUUUGGGGGUCUCUGAUUGUUUAAAAUUAAUAAAUGUCCAUAAAUUACUGCCAUUUCGGAACAAUCUAUUUUUAGAAAAUGUUUUUUAAGCAUGCAAAUGAGCAGAUUGAGCUAUGCAAUGUAGACUUAAGAGCUAGUAUUGUAUUGUAGUUGAAUUUUAAAGCAACAGUAGUGUGGCAUUUGCAUAUAAACUAGAACUUAUUUAUUUGAAUUUUGCAUACAGAUGUAUGUUUUUUUUUUCUACUCUUUUAUAACAAAAUAUUUAAUACUGAAAAAACCAGUGGCAGCAUUUUAGAAUGUUUUUUUUUCUGUUUAAUUCAAAUGCAUGAUAUGAAAUAGUUGGCAGAAUUUGCAUCGUCUUUCAGGGAUUGUAUACCCAUCUGUCCUAAUGACAAAAAAAAAAUCAUUUUGCUUACAUUAUUAACAACCUGUUUAAGAAAACUUACGCAAAUUUAAUUGCCUCAAGUAUUAUGUAACAAUGUUCCAUGCCAAGGUUUCAUAGAAUAUGGUUGUCUUUUUUAUUUUAAAGCCCAUGCAGUAGUGUGGUAUUAUAUACAACAUGACAACGUGUGCAUUAGUGCAGAAUCAAGGUAUUCAACAAAAUAAUCUACUUUAUUUUCCACUGAUAGGAAAUUAAACAUCUUUGCCUUUGCAAAUCUUAAUAUUUAUCGUGACUACAAAGAAUAUUUAUCUGGUGAACAUGUUUUAUCACGAAAUAUGUAAAAUCUUAUCUCUGAAUUAAGUUUUUAUCUAUCAGAAAUAAAUAGCAACACCAUAUUUACCUUAUUUGUGAAAAUAAUACUGUCUUACUAUAUGUGAACGUUGUAGAAAUUCAAUAUUGUGGCUUGUUUUAGGGAACUUAAAAUGGUGGGAUUUCUGAGGAAGAAAUUAUUGUUGAUCCAGCUAUAGCUGUGUACAUAUAUUGCCUUGUAGUUAAGAUAACGUCUUUGAGUGAACAUCAAUAAAAUAUUUGUCUGGAGUACUUAAAAUGGAAGUUGGUUCAGAAAGCUUUCAUACGUUUUUAACUGUUCCCUGGUUUUAUGUUAUGUAAAGGACAUGUCCAUACAAUACAUUUCAUUUCAGAAAAAAUAAAGUUUCGUUUAUUA